AAAAGAUAUGUGUCUGCAAAAUCUCUUGUCAAUCCUCUGUUUUGUCCUCGCCAUUAGCUUCGGCUACGUGUCUGCACAAAAAUGCGUGGAUUCAAUGUUUUUCAGACCCAACGGUACUUAUGACACAAACCGUCAUCUCAUUCUCUCAAACCUUGCUUCCAACGUGAGUUCUCGAGACGGCUACUACAACGGUUCUGUCGGUGAAGGCCCUGAUAGAAUCUAUGCGUUAGGUCUCUGUAUCCCAGGGACUGAUCCAAAGGUCUGUGAUGAUUGUAUGCAAAUCGCAUCUACGGGUAUAUUACAAAACUGCCCGAACCAGACCGACUCAUACGACUGGAGAUCCCAGAAAACACUCUGUUUCGUUCGUUACUCCAACAGCUCGUUUUUCAACAAAAUGGAUCUAGAGCCGACAAUGGUUAUAGGAGAUCUAAAUAGUGGACUAUUCCAAGGGGACCUUGCAGCUUAUACAAGAACAUGGGAGGAGUUCAUGAACUCUAUGAUCACCAGAGUCGGUCGAACUCGUUACCUGGCCGAUAUAUCCCCUCGGAUAGGUUCUGCUCGUAUAUAUGCGCUGAUGCAAUGUAUUCGAGGGAUAUCCUCUAUGGAAUGUGAAACUUGUAUUCGAGAUAAUGUGCGUAUGUACCAGAGUUGCUGCAAUGGGUUCAUAGGAGGAACUAUUCGCAAGCCGGUCUGCUUUUUCAGGUGGGAUGGUUCUGAAUAUCUUGGUGCCUUUGGUGACACGCCAUCGCUACCUCCACCAUCUCCAGAUGGGAAAACAAUAUCUACGGGAGCUAUUGUUGCAGUUGUUGUCUCCGUGGUUAUAUUUGUAGUGCUGCUCGCUUUAGUAUUGGUCAUACGGAAGAGAAGACAAUCGUACAAAACACUAAAACCUAAAAUUAUUGCAGCUGAUGAUGACAUGACAAGUCCACAGUCUCUGCAAUUUGAUUUUAUGACCCUCGAAGCGGCAACUGAUAAAUUUUCGAGGAAUAACAAGCUAGGUAAAGGUGGGUUUGGUGAAGUUUACAAGGGAAUGUUACCAAACGAAACAGAAGUUGCGGUGAAGCGGCUAUCGAGUAAUUCAGGACAAGGCACACAAGAGUUCAAGAACGAGGUUGUAAUUGUGGCUAAGCUUCAACAUAAGAAUCUUGUUAGGCUUCUUGGGUUUUGCUUAGAAAGAGAUGAACAGAUACUUGUCUACGAGUUUGUUCCCAACAAGAGCCUUAAUUAUUUCCUCUUUGAUCCAACCAAGAAGAGUCAGCUAGAUUGGAAAAGACGGUACAACAUCAUAGGAGGGAUUACGCGAGGGCUUCUCUAUCUUCAUCAAGACUCGCGGCUAACCAUCAUACACCGUGACAUCAAAGCAAGUAACAUUCUUUUAGAUGCUGAUAUGAACCCUAAAAUAGCGGAUUUUGGAAUGGCAAGGAAUUUUAGAGUGGACCAAACUGAAGACAAUACAAGAAGAGUUGUUGGAACUUUGUAAGUAUUCUAAUUAAAAUUCUGCUUCUGUUUCUGAUUAACAUAAAAUAUUUCAUCUAUAUAUUUGCAGCGGUUACAUGCCUCCAGAGUAUGUGACGCAUGGCCAGUUCUCUACCAAAUCUGAUGUUUAUAGCUUUGGAGUAUUGAUUCUGGAGAUUGUUUGUGGCAAGAAGAACAGCAGCUUCUAUAAGAUAGAUGAUUCUGGUGGCAAUUUGGUGACACAUGUUUGGCGGCUUUGGAACAAUGACUCACCUUUAGAUCUCAUCGACCCUGCGAUUGAGGAAAGCUGCGAUAAUGAUAAAGUCAUAAGAUGUAUCCAUAUCGGACUUUUAUGUGUUCAAGAAACUCCUGUAGAUCGGCCAGAGAUGUCUACAAUAUUUCAAAUGCUUACUAAUAGCUCCAUUACUCUGCCUGUGCCUCGACCACCUGGAUUUUUCUUCAGGAACAGAUCCAAUUUAGACCCUUUAACUUAUGGAUCCGAGCUGGGGCAAUCGAGCAGCAAAUCUAUUCCUUAUACUAUAGAUAGUGCGUCAAUCACUAGAGUCACUCCUCGGUAAAAUGAUUGCUUUUGCACUAGUCCGCAGCAUUUUCCUUGCAGCACAAGCAACUUCUAUGUGUAAAGAAGUUGAAGAUCAAAUUUGUUUUGUACUAAACUACUAAUGGGUACAUAUAUAUAAUACCAAACUUCUGUCUAGGUAGAGUACUACUAGUCCUUUCCUG